GAAUAAAACACACAAAGUAAUGUAGGAAAUAUUUAUGUAUUUACUGCUAAUCUGUUGGUAUGAUUUGUUCUUUAAAUGGCCACUUAUUUUGGCUAAUGCUAUUAUUUAAAUAUCAUCCAAACUCAACAUCCUAAGCAAAUAAUCAAACCACAAUAAUCAACUAAAAUCACAACAAGAAACCGAAUCAAUAAUAAAAUGUUCUGCACCAUAUGAGCCUCAGGAGAUGAUUGAGGAUGAAGAGUCUCUGAUUUCUGGUUCUUCAGGUUCUGACGGGUCUGCGGUUCCUGUCCUGAUCCAUUCUGUCCAUCAUUCAGCAGCACUGAGCCGCGAUGGACACGUUUUUGUCCAUCUGUGUUCACAGUGUCCAUCCUAACUGGAACUGUUCAGCUUACAAUGCGCGUCUUUUCACUCAGGUCUGUGUUUUUGAAAGCCUUUUGGGUUCUGAGGACAUGGAAUCGGGUCGAGGACGUUUUAACAGGACGCGGGUUGACAGCAGCUCACUGCGGCUGCGCAGUGUCCGUCUCUAGGCAACCGCGACGUUCAGCGUCGGUCCGUGGCGUUCAGGGGUCCUUCAGCUCCCGCCACUAGAAUUUAGCUGACCUUAAUAUUUCCCGUGUUUUAUUUUUGGUCAUUAUUGUUAAACUUGGUGUUGAUGUGUGUGUGAUAAGCGAGUCUAUCAGACAAUUAUCGGUUCAAUACAUUUCACGGCCAAUAUGACCGUUAUUAAGCAUAUCUGACUACCGCAGUCAAAUCUACAGAAAGGCCACUGUUUUACGGUACUGUUUUACGGUACUGGGUUCUACCUGUUCGAACCAGGAGACGUUACUUCUACUGGUGCAGCGCAGGCUUUUAUUGUGACACGUCACACAGGAAGCGGCUCUUGGUGCCUGGCGCUUGUGAGCACUGUGAACGGAAGUUGCCGCAGAUCAGAAGUUCUGAAGUUGGUCAGUCCGGAGAGUUAUCGGGCUGGUUCUGAUGUGACCCGGUCCGGCUCGGUUCGGUCAGAAACAUGUCAGAGGGAGACCCGCGGGCUUACUUCCUGUUCCAGCUGCCCUCCUCGGUCCACUGCGAGUUCUGCCGGGUCAUGGAUGGACUGCUGGACCUGGACUGGACCCGGUUCGCCUCGGAGGUCCUCAGGGACCAGACGGCGGUGCGCCUGGCCAACCGGAGGGAGCAGCGGACCGACUGGGUCAUGAGCAACUGGGGCAACAGGAACGGCCGAGUCGGGGAGUUGGUCGACCUUCUGGAGUCUCUGCAGCUUUUCAGACCGCGGGACAUCAUCCUGAGCUGGAUGCGGAACCUGAGUCGUCCUCCUCCUCUUCCUCCCGCUCUUCCUCCUCCUCCGUAUGAACCGUCAGCAGCUCAGUCCACAGCUGAGUGUCCAGAAAGGAAACCGCUGCCUGGCCCGGCGCCGCCCCCUGUCAACCUGUUCUCUGAGCCCCACCAGCCGCCCCCCAGGCCUCCCGCCGCUACUGAUGAUGUCAUGCCUCCAUCGCCAUGCAGCGCCAUCACCACCAUCAACUGCUGGACGUAUGAAGAGGUGCAUGCUGGGACGCGAGGCUUCUCCCCCAGCCUUCAGGUCGGGGAGGGCGGCUUCGGCGUUGUUUACCGAGCGACGCUCAGCAACAUGGACUGCGCCGUCAAGAGACUCCGACAGGUCAGCCAAUCACAGCGCAGCGCAGAGUCAUGUGCUUCCAGACACAACAGCCUUGUCCGAGUUCAGGGUCUGCGUCCUCCGGAGGCCGGUUAGGUCAUCGGCUGGGUCCGGUGUAUCCUUCACAGCUCACCAUAUCCCAUAAUUCAUUGCGGGUCCAAACCGGGCGUUCAGGCAAAGUG